AUGGGAAGUAGAAGAGUCAAGAACAAGCAAGGAGCACCACCGAGUUUGGAUGAAUUUAGAGCGAAGAAGACUAAAAAAACCGGUAACGGCAAGCGUGAGAAGAGAAGAUCGGAAGACAGAGUUGACGAGAGAAGUGCUAAGAAAUCGAGUUCCAAAAAGCCGAGGAGAUCUCCUCCAGAUGUUGUAGAGGAUUUAGAGGAAGUCGAGGAAGAAGUCGAGAAGGAGGUCGAGGAGGAAGUUGGUGGUGAUGAGGAAGAAUCUGACCUUGCGCAGGCCAAAAAGACUCUUUUUGACGAUGACGAAGAGGCUGAGGAAGAAUUGGACGAGUUUGAUUUGGAACAAGAGUAUGACAAUGAAGAUGAGGAAGUCGAUAGGGAACAGCCUAUGUUUUCCGAUGAGGACGACGAAGCUGACAUGGAAGAAUUGAAUGCUGCGAAUAUGGAAGCAUUGUCCAUGAAAUUGGAUGAGGAACAAGCAUUUGAGGACGAAGAGGCCGAAAGGGAGCUGAUAGAAAUUGCCGAGACUCAGCCGCGUGCAGAGAUUCUACCUACCGAGGAAGAACAAGAAAUUACUAGUCAACAGGCUCCCGAUCUUACUGCCACGAGAACCAGAAUGAUUGAGAUUGUGAAAGUGUUGGAAAAUUUCAAAGCUUUAGGUGCAGAGGGUAGAUCCAGAAGCGAAUAUAUCGAUCGUCUUUUGAAAGAUAUUUGUCAAUACUUUGGCUAUACUCCCUUCCUGGCCGAGAAAUUGUUCAAUCUGUUCUCUCCCACUGAAGCGCUUGAGUUUUUCGAAGCCAACGAAACACCUAGACCAAUUACCAUCAGAACAAACAGCCUUAAGACCAGAAGAAGAGAUCUGGCUCAACAUCUGGUUAAUCGUGGUGUCAAUUUGCAACCAAUUGGUUCUUGGACAAAAGUCGGCUUGCAAAUUUUCGAUUCUCAGGUGCCAAUCGGUGCUACGCCGGAAUAUUUGGCAGGUCAUUAUAUCUUGCAAGCUGCAUCGUCCUUUUUACCCGUUAUUGCACUAGAUCCGCAAGAAAAUGAGAGAAUCUUGGAUAUGGCGGCUGCCCCAGGUGGAAAAACAACAUACAUAUCCGCAAUGAUGAAAAACACUGGCUGCGUUUUUGCCAAUGAUGCCAAUAAAGCCAGAACUAAAUCCUUAAUUGCCAACAUACAUCGUCUUGGAUGCACCAAUACCAUUGUUUGCAACUACGACGCGCGUGAUUUCCCCAAAGUUAUUGGUGGUUUCGAUAGAAUUUUGUUAGAUGCUCCAUGCUCUGGCACUGGUGUCAUUGCCAAAGAUCAAUCCGUCAAAGUUUCGCGUACUGAAAAGGAUUUCAUGCAGAUUCCACAUCUACAAAAGCAGUUGAUUCUAUCUGCAAUCGAUUCAGUGGACUCUAACUCUAAAAGGGGAGGUAUUAUAGUCUACUCUACUUGUUCCGUUGCGGUUGAGGAAAAUGAAGCUGUGGUGGAUUAUGCUUUAAGAAAAAGGCCGAACGUAAAGCUUGUCGAUAGUGGCCUUGCCAUCGGCAAAGAAGGGUUCGUAAGCUUUAGAGGUAAGAAAUUCCAUCCAAGCGUCAAGCUCACAAGAAGAUUCUACCCACAUGUUUACAACGUUGACGGUUUCUUCGUGGCCAAGUUUCAGAAACUUGGACCAUCUAAACAUGAUGAUAACCAGGCCAGUGCCAAGGAGAAAGAAGCCGCCGCUAGACAGGAGGCUGUGGAAGAAGGUAUUAUACACGAUGAUUUUGCCACCUUUGACGACGAGCAAGAUGCUAAAUACAUUGAAAAGUCUAAAAAGACCAAUCUUUUGAAAAGGGGCAUCGAUCCUAAAGGUAGCAACAAACUUGCUGGGAAAUAA